AAACCACUUUUUCUUUUCUUUCCAAAGCGAAAAAAUAGUGAAACGAUUAAUCCACAUGCAUUCUAUUGCAUUGCAAAUUCUUCUUCCUUUGUUCUCCGAUUUCUUUUCUCAAUUCCAUUUUCUGGUUUCCAUUUCGCAUGAUUACAGUGAUCGUGUUGUGGUUGUGGAAAAUAGAGCUUUAAAUCGCAUUUUGAUGAGAGGUCACAAGCGAAGGAAGCAGCACAUGCAUCUAUGAAGAAGACUGGGGUACGCAGGUCGCCACCGCACUCCCUGAUGCAAUUGUCGCUUGUCGACAUUGUUGUGCUUCUUCUUCAUGCGGUUUCCCCACGAUUUUCUCAGAUGGAAUGGCAGAUCCUGCUAGUUAUGGGAAUCACGAGCGUGACUUUGAGCAAGCACUUAUCGCUUUGAAAAAAGGAACUCAGCUGAUUAAGUAUAGCCGAAAAGGAAAGCCCAAGCUCUGCCCAUUCAGAAUCUCUACCGACGAAACCACGCUGAUCUGGUAUUCGCAUGGAGAAGAAAGAACCUUGAAACUAUCUAGUAUCUCACGAAUUAUCCCAGGACAAAGAACUGCCGUAUUCAGAAGGUAUUUGAGGCCUGAAAAAGAUUACUUAUCAUUUUCAUUGUUGUAUAGAAACGGGGAACGGUCACUCGAUUUGAUCUGCAAGGACAAAGGUGAAGCUGAAGUUUGGUUUGUUGGCCUUAAGAAUUUGAUUUCUUCAAGACCACAACAUGGACGUUCUAGGAGUGAUUUUUCAGAUGUACAAGAUGCUAGCGACUUCUUUCAAAGUAGUCGACCUUUUGGUGCAACUUUAGAAUUUAGUAACAGCAUAGCUCGUGGAAGGGAUUCUAUUGAUUUAAAUUCUCGCGAAUCUUCUUUGCAUCUGGCAAGUUCAGAUGUUGGUUCGGAACGUGCAAAUAUGCAACUAAGAACAAGUGGUGGAGAUGGUUUUCGCAGCAGUGUAUCAAGCACUCCUAGUUGUUCAAGUGGAGGAUCUGGACCAGAUGAUAUAGAAUCAUUAGGUGAUGUUUACGUAUGGGGAGAGAUUUGGUCUGAUUUAGUUUUACCAGAUGGAACUUCAAGUCCAAUACCAGUUAAAAAUGAUGUGCUCACUCCAAAGCCAUUGGAGACGAAUGUUGUUCUUGACGUUCAUCAGAUUGCUUGUGGUGUCCGACAUGUUGCUCUUGUAACGAGGCAAGGUGAGGUUUUCACUUGGGGUGAAGAAUGUGGGGGACGGCUCGGUCAUGGGAUUGAUAGAGACUUUAGUCGACCCCAUCUUGUUGAGUUUCUAGCAGUUAGUAAUGUAGACUUUGUAGCUUGUGGUGAGUAUCAUACAUGUGCGGUAACCUCUUCGAAUGAUUUAUUCACUUGGGGUGAUGGUAUCUUUAAUUCUGGAAUUCUUGGUCAUGGUACUGAUGUUAGUCACUGGAUACCCAAGAGAGUUGUCGGUCCAUUGGAAGGGCUUCAAGUUUUAUCUGUUGCAUGUGGCACGUGGCAUUCAGCAUUGGCAACUUCCAAUGGAAAACUAUACACAUUUGGUGAUGGAACAUAUGGUGUAUUAGGCCAUGGCGAUAGGGAGAGCGUGGUAUAUCCAAGAGAGGUGCAACUAUUGAGUGGACUUAGGACCAUAAAAGUUGCUUGUGGAGUUUGGCAUACUGCUGCUAUUGUUGAGGUUAUGAGUCAGACUGGUUCAAAUAUGUCAUCUAGGAAGUUGUUCACAUGGGGUGAUGGUGAUAAAUAUCGUUUGGGUCAUGGAAACAAGGAAACUUAUCUUCUUCCUACUUGUGUUUCUUCGCUCAUAGACUACAAUUUCCACCAGUUGGCUUGUGGACACAACAUGACUGUGGCUCUUACCACAUCAGGUCACGUGUUUACCAUGGGUGGUACUGCAUAUGGUCAGCUAGGCAAUCCAAGUUCAGAUGGAGUUAUUCCUUGCUUAGUGCAGGAUAGAUUAGUUGGUGAAUUUGUUGAAGAAAUUUCUUGUGGUGCAUAUCACACAGUUGUUCUAACAUCAAGAAAUGAAGUAUUCUCUUGGGGCAGGGGUUCCAAUGGAAGAUUAGGACAUGGAGAUGUAGAGGACAGGAAGGCCCCUACACUCAUAGAAGCUUUGAAGGACAGGCAUGUUAAAAGUAUAUCUUGUGGGUCAAAUUUUACUGCAAGUAUAUGUAUUCAUAAGUGGGUUAGUGGAGCAGAUCAGUCAGUUUGCACGGGUUGCCGUCAGGCAUUUGGUUUCACAAGGAAGAGGCACAAUUGUUAUAACUGUGGGCUGGUGCAUUGUCAUUCAUGCAGCUCCAAGAAAGCUUUGAAAGCAGCACUGGCACCUACCCCAGGCAAACCACAUCGUGUAUGUGAUUCUUGUUAUGCAAAACUUAAAGCUGCUGAGGCUGGCAACAAUUAUGCUGUGAAUAGAAAAUUGACGGCCAAUCGUCGUUCAACAGAUUACAAGGAAAGAUUUGAUAGAGGGGACGUGAGACCCUCUCGCAUUCUAUUGUCCCCCACCACAGAACCUGUUAAAUAUCAUGAGAUUAAAUCAGUAAGACCAGGGAGUAGACCAACUUCUCCUUCUAUGGUCAGAGCUUCUCAGGUGCCAUCUCUUCAACAACUGAAAGACAUUGCAUUUCCAAGUUCGUUGAGUGCUAUUCAAAAUGCUUUGAGGCCUGCAAUUGCGACUCCGCCAUCACCACCACCAAUGGCCAAUUCAAGACCUGCAUCACCAUAUUCAAGGAGGCCAAGCCCUCCACGUUCAACUACUCCGGUAUUUUCAAAGAGUGUUAUUGACUCUCUUAAGAAAUCAAAUGAGACGUUGAUUCAAGACAAAUCAAAACUUCAAAGAGAGGUUAAGAGUUUGAAGCAGAAAUGUGAUAUUCAAGGUGCAGAAAUUCAAACUUUGCAAAAGAAUGCAACUGAAGCAGCUUCAUUAGUUGAAAAAGAAUCCUCCAAGUGCAAAAUAGCAAAGAAAUUAGUUACAACAAUAACAGAGCAGUUGAAGGAAAUGAAAGACAAACUGCCACCUGAGAUAUCGGAUGGUGAAAAUUUUAAAUCCAUGUAUGCCCAAGCUGAAGCUUUCUUAAAUAUGGUUGAGACAUCAAAAACUUCAUCUUUGCCUACGGGUUAUGAAAAAGCUAACAAUCUAACUGCACUCAAUAAUGGAUCUACUCCCUCAUUUGAUGAUUCUUCAAAGAGGAUAGAAGACAAUUUAGAUGCUUCAGGAAGGAAGGACUUAAUGCAGGAGAAUGUAAAUAGUCUCCUCGAAAGUAAGAAAACUUCUGCAAUUUCUCAGAGUUCCGAAAAUGGCUCAAGAUCUCCACUAUCUUCAACAACACCAACUGAAGGCGAAAAGCAAGUUAUUGAGCAGUUUGAACCUGGUGUUUAUGCAACUUUGGUUGUGCUUUCAAAUGGUACCAAGAUUUUCAAACGCGUUAGAUUCAGCAAGAGAAGGUUUGAUGAGCAGCAAGCAGAAGAUUGGUGGAGUAAAAACAAAGACAGACUUCUUAAAAGAUACAACCCAUCAUCAAGCACAAGCAGCUCUACGCCAACGGGUUCGCCUAAAACUCCAGCUGUAUCGACUACAGAGGAAAGCAAUGAAGUUCCAUUGGCUCCAAAAUUGGAUGUAUAGUAAUCCAAAGGAUUGCUUUAGAAUAGCAGCAUCAGGUUUGUAAUAGAUCUUGAUGAAUCCGUAGAUUUUAUUAGCGACAGAAGCAAAGAAAUUGAGAAGAUUCAAGUCCAGAAUAAGGCAAGGUAAACGUCACUUCCAAGUGCAUUUUGAGCGCACAAAAGAAAACCACAGAGUGAACCGUUUCUCCAUUCAUUUACUCUUUAUUCAUUCAUUUGAUUUUCAGCAUCUCCUUUUUGGAUGCAACAACCACUUUCUUACAGUUUCUGAUGAUGUUAUUAGAAUAGAAAAAAAAAAAAAAAAAAAAAAAAAA